UCUUCAUUUUCGCAAAAGCUCGAAUCCUCGAAUGUACUAAUAGAGCGAAGUCCAAAAACGCCCUACUUUUCACCCAUUCCAAAUCUCUCCCCCUCCCUUACAAUCUCAGUCCUCUCUAAUUUUUAAGGAAAUUUUCUUUAAUAUAUUUGAAGAGUUUGCAGUUUUGGAGAUUUGGUCAAUGAUUGAAAAGGGGAUUUGAAGUUGUAAAUGUGAGUUAAAGUUGGUUGAUUUUGAUAAUGGAACAAGGUUUGCGUUCUGAGGGUAAUAAUCCUCCGAGCAUCGAUAAGACUAGGGUUUUGGAUGUGAAGCCUUUGAGAUGUCUUGCACCUGUUUUUCCAUCCCCAAAUGGAAUGUCUUCUGUUUCAACUCCACAGCCAUCACCUUUUGUCUGUGUUCCUCCCACUGGUCCGUUCCCCCCUGGGGUUGCUCCAUUUUACCCCUUUGUGGCUCCAAAUGAGUCGGGAAGGCCAGGUGAAAGUAGUCAACAAACUCCAAGUGGGGUGCCGAAUCAGGGCGGCCCUUUUGGUUUUGCGCAGCCUAUAUCUCCCGUUCCUUUAAACUCAUUCAGAACUCCAACAACUGCGAAUGGAAAUAGUGGGAGGUCCAGGAGGGCUGUAGACGAUGAUGAUUACAGUAAUUCACAGGAUCAGAAUGACCAAUUUGCCAGUGGAUUUAGUGUGCACGUGAAUAAUGUUGAAGAUUCCGGUACUGGAAAAAAAAGGGGAAGACCGAAAAAGCCUCGGAGAGCUCAGCAGGCUGAGGGGUCAACCCCUUUGGAAGUGGAUGUUGAACCUUUGUUGACUCAGUUGCUCACGUCUUUUAAACUUGUUGACUUCGAUCAGGUCAAGAAAGCUGAUGGUGACAAGGAGCUAGUGGGGAGGGUACUGUUGGUUUUUGACUUGUUCAGAAGAAGGAUGACCCAAAUUGACGAAUCGAGGGAUGGGUCAGGUUCUGGUAGAAGACCAGACCUAAAAGCUUCUAAUAUGCUGAUGACAAAGGGAGUUCGGACAAACCAAACAAAGAGGAUUGGAAAUGCACCCGGGAUUGAAGUUGGUGACAUCUUCUUCUUCAGGAUGGAAUUGUGCCUAGUGGGAUUGCAUGCGCCAACUAUGGCUGGGAUAGAUUAUAUGAGUGUCAAACUAACAAUGGACGAAGAACCUCUUGCGGUCAGCAUAGUGUCCUCUGGAGGAUAUGAUGAUGAUGGAGGUGAUGGCGAUGUAUUAAUUUACACUGGCCAGGGUGGAGUCCAGAGGAAAGACGGGCAAGUGUUUGAUCAGAAACUUGAGAGGGGAAACCUUGCUCUGGAAAAGAGUGUGCAUCGAGCCAAUGAAGUAAGAGUAAUUAGGGGUGUUAAGGAUGUCGCAUAUCCAACCGGGAAGAUUUAUAUUUACGACGGACUUUAUAAGAUUCAGGAAUCAUGGGCAGAGAAAAACAAGGUGGGCUGCAAUGUAUUCAAGUACAAACUUCUGAGAGUCCCUGGGCAGCCCGAAGCAUUUAAAGUAUGGAAGUCAAUUCAGCAAUGGAAAGAUGGCGUGGCAUCACGUGUUGGAGUCAUCCUACCGGACCUGACGUCUGGUGCAGAAAGUCAACCAGUUUGUCUUGUUAAUGAUGUAGAUGACGAGAAAGGACCUGCCUAUUUCACAUAUAUUCCUAGUUUGAAGUACUCAAAACCUUUUGUAAUGCCUAGACCCUCUCCGAGUUGUCACUGCGUUGGCGGGUGCCAACCUGGUGACUCCAAUUGCGCUUGUAUUCAGAGUAAUGGUGGCUUUUUGCCUUAUAGUUCACUUGGAGUUCUUUUGAGUUACAAAGCCUUGAUACAUGAGUGUGGUUCGGCCUGUUCAUGCCCUCCUAAUUGCCGAAAUCGAAUGUCUCAAGGAGGUCCUAAAGCUCGUUUGGAGGUCUUCAAGACAAAAAAUAGAGGUUGGGGACUCAGAUCUUGGGAUCCUAUACGUGGAGGUGGUUUCAUUUGUGAAUAUGCUGGAGAAGUCAUAGACGCUGGUAAUUACAGUGACGACAAUUACAUUUUUGAUGCAACCCGUAUAUAUGCGCCAUUGGAAGCCGAGCGUGAUUAUAAUGACGAGUCUCGGAAAGUCCCUUUUCCCCUGGUCAUAAGUGCCAAGAAUGGUGGAAAUAUUUCUCGCUUUAUGAACCAUAGUUGUUCGCCUAAUGUUUACUGGCAGCUUGUUGUACGACAAAGUAACAAUGAAGCAACCUACCAUAUCGCCUUUUUCGCCAUUAGACACAUUCCUCCCAUGCAAGAGUUGACCUUUGAUUAUGGUAUGGACAAAGC